GCAUGAUGUAUUUUCUUCUGUUCGAAUCGAAAUUUAAAACUAAACUUGUUUUCAGAAGGAUAGAUGAAGUGAUUCGGGUGAGAUCCAACUUUCGAUACACUUGUGGGAUCUAGGUCAUCACGUGAGUGUAGUUAUUAACAUUAAUGCAAGUUUAAUUCAAGCAUGUGAACACAAAUUAAAUUUGAAAGGUAUGAGAGGUUUGUCAAAGUUUAAAUUCCUUUAUAGGGGAACUAUUUUUAGGAUUGUAUUAUCAAAGUUUGAUCAAAAGUAAAUUAAAUGAUAAUAGUGUAUAUAGUGGAAACAAUUGAAUGAAAGUUGUGUACAAGUCAAAUUGUAGGUAAGCUAUUUCUUUUAAUUUAAACAAAUUAAUAAUUAUAGACAAUUAAAUACAAGUAAUUUAAAAUUUAAAGCAUCUAACCGUUGAUUUUAACUCGCGCCAUUUUCAUACCUAUAAAUACAGACUCUCUGUAUGUUGAGCUCUGCUUCAUCUUCAACAAUUCCCAAAUCUCUCUCUAAUUUUCAGUGAAAAAGAAAGAAAAAUGUUGCGAUCGCGCCGUCAUUGGUUUAGGAGCGGGAGUUUGCGCCCUGAAAAUCUCGGCCACUGUUUGGGUUUCUUCGUAACCGCGGUGUUAAUUUACACCAUAAUCGCCGCCACCUACGAUGCCGGCGACGCCUUUCUCCAACCUGUCUCAGAGAUCACGGCUCUACUCUCGCCGGAGUCUAAUUCGACCGAUCGGAAGGUUGCCAAGGCAGGUUGCGGCGUGGAUGAGCCGAUCAAUUGCGGCGAUCUGGAGGUUUUCCAGUUGUUGAUGAGUGCGGCCUUUGACGAGUUGAAGGAUGUGGAUUUCUACCGGUUUGGGAAGCCGGUGGAUGGGGAUAACGGCAGUGAUUGCCACAUGAUGGGGUGGUUCAAGCGGAAGGAGGGUGGAAUCGAUAAGGAUUAUCGGAGUUUUAGGGUUUCGAGGUCUGAGAACUGCGCGUUGAGCGUGGUCGGAAUUGGGGAUUAUCACUCCGGCGGCAAUGCGGAGGGGAAGGCGGAGGUGGUCGAGAAGGCCGUUGAUGUUGGAGAGAUUGUGAAUGGCGAUGAGCUGUUUGAGGAGCCGUUUAGCCGUGGCAAGUAUUUGAUAUAUGCAGGUGGUGGUGAGAGGUGCAAGGACAUGGGCCUCUAUCUGUGGGGCUUCACGUGUAUGUUAGGCGAGGCGGAGUUUUUAAACCGGACUCUGGUUUUGGACACGAGCAUAUGCUUGUCGAAGGUCCACACCUCGUCUGGCGUGGACGAGGAGGGGAGGGAUUUCCGAUCCUACUUUGAUUUUGAGCAAUUGAAGGUCACAUCCUCGGUGGUUGAUCAAGCUGAAUUCUGGCCGGAGUGGAGAAAGUGGAGCGAGAGGGACGGGUUGAAGCUCCAUCUCGUGGAGGAUUUUAGGGUUACACCGAUGAAGCUAGCUGAGGUGAAUGACAGUUUGAUCAUGAGGAAGUUUGGGGGCGUUGAGCCGGACAAUUUCUGGUUCCGAGUGUGUGAAGGUGAGGCGGAUGCUGUGAUCCAGCGACCAUGGAAUAAGCUUGAGAUCUCGAGGCAUCUGUGGAACGUGGCUGCUGCCAUUAUAUCGAGGAUGAGUUGGGAUUACGAUGGUGUUCGUGUUGAGAGAGGGGAGAAGGCCAAGAACAAGGAGUUGUGGCCUAAUCUGGAUAAUGAUACCUCACCACAAUCUGUGAUGGCAACUUUGAGAGGAAGGGGUGUGGAAGAUGGGAGGAGGGUUUACAUUGCUACGAACGAGGCAGACACGUCGUUCUUUGAUCCGUUGAAGGAGAGGUAUUCAAUUCAGCUUCUUGAGGAUCAUAGAGAUCUGUGGGAUGGUGACAGUAGUUGGGACUAUGAAAUGAGGAAGCUCAACAACGGCAGCGCCCUCGAGUUUGAUGGCUACAUGAGGGAACGUGUCGAUGAUUACGUGGUCUGGAGGGGGAAGAAGAGGAUUGAGACGUUCAAUGAUCUCACAAGAGACUGCAGGAAUGGUGUGAAUAAAUGCUAGAUUCAUGCUUGCAGGGCAAGAAUGACGGGAGAAUCGAAGAGUAGCGUUGCAGAGUACGUGAAACGCAAGAUAAGUGUGACGAGCACCAUGAAAGCUUACUCCAGCUCAUCAUCAUCAUCAUCAUCGUUGUCAUCCUCAGCUCCGAGCUCUCCACUUGGGCUGAGGAAGCCAGCAAGUGGCAAGAGACACAACUGCCUCUGCUCCCCAACGACACACGCUGGCUCCUUCAGGUGCAGGUACCACAGAAACACGAAGCUCUCCGGCCUAGCAGGAAAGGCGUCGCCAUCAACUUAUCUACCUGCAUGACAUCAAGACACUCUUGAUACACAAACACCCAUAUUGCUUCUUGCUCUUCUUUUUGCAUUCCAAUCUGUUUCAUACAAUCACAUCACACUCUUUCAAGUAUCUAUAGAUUCACCUCUCUCUCUCUCUCAGAGUCAAUGUACAGAUCAUAUUCAUAUCAGUUCAAGAACCAAAAGGCAUAGUUAAACACCAUUGAAAGGAAAGGCUCAAACUUGAAACAACGCCGUGUACAAUAUAUAUAUAUGUGUAUAUAUUAUAUACAACACGAACACUACCCGUCACUUCAAGAGGACGCAAAGCGUGGCAGCUAAAAGAUAGGCUAGGCUGUACAACCAUUGGCAUAGAUUUUUAGAUUUCAUUUCCUUCUUUGAGACAUACUCACAUCAUGGGGCAGGUGUCGUCGUCUUCCACAUCUUGCGGCAUCAUGGAGUUACGACAGAGGGGGCACGUGGUGUUCCAGUAGUUCAACCACUUCUCCAAACACAAGUUGUGGAAGACAUGGCCGCAGGUGAGGUGGUUAACCGCUGCAUUUGGUUCGAACUCAGAGAGGCAGAUGGAGCACUCCUGGCCCGGGUAGUCGUGCUCGUGCAUAGACAGUGAGUCGAACCUCAUCGCAGGAAUCUGGCUCCGGAACUCCUCCAUGUACGAUUCAGGGAGACCUUUACGGUACUCACCUGAGGCCGAUGGGUCUGCAGAGAGCUCCUCCCACGAGGCAAUCCGAAUGCCCAUCACGUGCAGUAUCGAACGAACAAUCUCCUUCACGAUGGAUAUGGAUAUCGCCGUGUUGGCCAGAAUUAUGCACAGAACUCCGGCAUCAGCUCCGAUUGGAUACGAUGAAAUCGCCAUUUUUUUAACCU